UGAUUGUGAUUUCCGUCAUCACCCGACACUGAUUGGCGAUUACCGUUAGUGCAAGUGAGAGGCCCUAGAGGCAGUCAAAAUAAAAGAAGUAUUUGUUUGUUAUUUAUCAUUAAAAUAAAUAGAGCUAUUGAUUCAAUUUUCCAUUGCCAUUCAAUACUUAGAUGGCUAAAAACUAAUGGAGCAGUCUUGAUCAUUUAUUCGUCUCUAGUUUUUAACUGAUGGACUGAAAGAUUCCUUCCUCAAAGUCAAUUAUUUACCGGCCAAUAAUGUUUGCAGUGCUUGAAAGAUUGUUAUUUAUAGUUUGGAACAUUGGAACUUAACUAAGGUUAUGCCAUUCAAUGAAAUCACCAUUUUACUAAGUGACUGAUCCAGUAUGACUUCUUUAACGACAAGCGCCCCUUCAUCUGCUGAUGCCUGUCUAAGUAUUGUUCAUAGUUUGAUGUGCCAUAGACAAGGCGGAGAAAGUGAAGGGUUUGCUAAAAGAGCGAUAGAAUCAUUAGUAAAGAAGUUAAAAGAGAAAAGGGAUGAAUUAGAUUCUCUUAUUACGGCUAUUACAACAAGUGGAGCCCACCCUAGCAAAUGUGUUACUAUCCAGAGGACUUUGGAUGGGAGAUUACAGGUGGCUGGAAGGAAAGGAUUUCCGCAUGUCAUCUAUGCAAGGAUCUGGAGAUGGCCUGAUUUACACAAAAAUGAACUAAAACACGUUAAAUACUGUCAAUUUGCUUUUGACUUGAAAUGUGAUUCAGUUUGUGUAAAUCCUUAUCACUACGAACGAGUGGUUUCACCAGGAAUUGAUUUGUCGGGACUUACUUUGCAAGCUGGAGCUCCCCGUAUGAAAGAUGAAUAUAGUGCAGGUACUGUGUCAGGUACUUCCAUGGAGGUGGACAGUGAUCUUGGCAUAACAGUAUCACAAACAAUACAACAUCAUCCUCCACAGCAGAAUUUCAAUUUGGCAGCCCUGCAAUCACCAACAAACGAUCCUGGAUUGUAUAGUUCUUCAAAUAGAGGCAUAUUGGGUCCUAGAUUACCAAAAAUCGAGGGUGGACCAGACCCCAACAGGUCAAACUGGUUGCCACAUAUGCAUAGGCCUCGUCAUCCUGCUCAGACUCAGGUAGCAGCAACAGUUAUAAAUAAUCAACAAACAGGGCCUUCUACGUCGAGCAUGCAUAGUUCAGCAGUUCAUAACAGUCCAGGGCAGUUUUAUAGUAAUGCACAAACAGCGAUCAAUUCCGAAAGAUCACAAGAAACCAUUACACAAAAUAUAGUAAGUAACUCGCCAGUGUCUCCUCGUUUGCAACAAAAUGGAUUCAAUGGGUCCAACAAUACAACUGUUAAUAGUGCUUCUGGCAAUGCCCAACCUGCUACAACUCUUCCCCAAUCAUAUAUUACUGGAGCUGGUGGUACUUGGACUGGAUCAAACACGCUCACAUAUACUCAAAGUAUGCAACCUCCUGAUAAUCGACAUCAUAGUAAUACUUAUUGGAAUCACAAUUCCUCAAACCAAUUAGGAUCAGACGUAAAUAUUGGAGGAUUAUUAUCUACUCAACCUGCACCAGAAUAUUGGUGUUCUGUAGCCUAUUUUGAGCUGGAUACUCAAGUGGGUGAAACCUUUAAAGUUCCAUCGAAUUGUCCCAACGUGACAAUUGAUGGUUAUGUGGAUCCUUCUGGUGGAAAUAGGUUUUGUUUGGGCGCAUUAAGUAACGUGCAUCGUACUGAACAGAGUGAGAGAGCAAGGUUGCACAUUGGUAAAGGUGUCCAACUUGACCUCAGAGGAGAAGGCGAUGUUUGGUUGCGUUGCCUCAGCGACCACUCAGUCUUUGUGCAAAGUUAUUAUUUGGACAGAGAAGCUGGUAGACAACCAGGGGAUGCAGUGCAUAAAAUAUACCCGGCAGCAUAUAUUAAGGUUUUUGAUUUGAGGCAAUGCCACCAUCAAAUGACUACCCAAGCCCAGACUGCACAGGCGGCAGCGGCUGCACAAGCUGCUGCUGUAGCGGGGCACAUUCCGGGACCGCAUUCAGUUGGGGGAAUAGCACCAGCUAUCAGUCUUUCUGCUGCGACUGGUAUCGGAGUUGAUGAUUUAAGAAGACUUUGUAUUCUAAGAUUGAGCUUUGUCAAAGGAUGGGGUCCCGAUUACCCUAGACAGUCCAUUAAAGAAACCCCUUGCUGGAUAGAAGUUCAUUUACAUAGAGCUCUUCAAUUGUUGGACGAAGUAUUACAUACUAUGCCCAUAGAUGGCCCCAGAGGUAUAGAAUAGAUGUAAAAUGUUGGUUCCUUGAUAACUCCUAUUCUAGAUUCGAGUUAUAUACUCCUUUUAUGUAGUUUAGGAUAUUAGUUUUAGUGCUGAAAAAAAGUACUGUGAAGUGCAUAUACGUAAAUAUUGUAUGGAGAUGUAUUACUGAUAUUAUUGGUUUACAAAUAGGCAUGUUUCCGGGACCACAGUCAGAUAAUAAAAUAAAUUUAAAAAAACAUGAAUAUACAACCAUAAUAUACCUUCUUUAGACAUCAUAGCUUUAAUGGUUAUUUUUACUUCUAAAGUCUAACUUUAGAGAAGCAGUUCAACUUCAAUGGAGUUAUAUAUUUUGCUUGAUUCAGCCGAUACUGAAAGUUUAAACUUGUGAUGAAUUUCAAGUAGGGGAAAUAUUUUUCACUGUGACUUUUACUUAGGAACCUAUAUUUCUACUUUUUAGAUAAUGACAUGUUGAACUUCAAAGUAGCUUCAUCAGAAAUGUCUGAAGAAGUCUCAACAAAACAUGUUACCAAUUAUUUCAAAUGCACACAUAAGUGACAGUUUUAGUCAAAAGAAUUUCUUCUAGGUACUUGAAAUUAGUUGUGAUAUAUUUUCCCACAUAACUUAUCUCAGGUUUGGGAUGUAAUUUCUUAGGUCUUAGAAGGUUUGAAAUUAAUUACUUACUUAGUUAAUAUAUUUUGACAAACUUUUCUGUUCAAAUUGUGCAAACAAUCACUGUUCUGUAAAAAAAAUGAAUCUUCUAACGAAUAUAUUCACCAGAUUUAAUUUAAAAUAAAGUAGUGCAUAUUUCAAUCCAAAAAAAAUUUUUGAAUUUCAAAUACUUAUUUAUUUUAUUGAUAUUGUCAAAGAAAGUGCGCCUCACGGAAGAUAAAAAAGGACCGAAAGAAUGCGACCACCCGUGCUACGCCCUGUACGUAAACAAACACAACUCUGCAUUAUUUGUUAUCGUAUUUAGUAUUUCUUGAUCGUUUUAGUAAGUGCUUCCUGUCCCCUUUUAGGCGUCGUCCAUUAUCUUCCGUGUGGCGCAGUUUGCAUGUCUUUAUUUAUUACAUCCCAUAAAUAUUAGGUCAAUUUUUACUAAAAUUCCAUGUCAUAAAUAAAAAUAAAUGCUCAAUAUUACAAAAAGUCUGCCUCGAACUGAAGUUACUUGUGCAACGAUUACGUAUUUGUAUAUCAGACGGUGUCCUGAAUAAGAAUGCACUUACUUAUAGAGAAAUAUUUUAAUCCUGAUUUAAAAUAAGUUGCGCAUUGCUGGGUUUAGCCUACAUACCACCUUUACAGACAUAAAUAUUUGCAACAAAGUUGUGAAUCCUAACAAAAAUUUCCUAAAACGUAGAACCUACAAUUUGGCCUGUCUAUUCUGAGGAAUAUAGCACAACUAUGGUCCCGCCCGAUCUCACAUUGGACUCUUAUUAGCCCGGGCCUCCAAUGGAAAAAAAUCACUUGCCGAAACCUUUUCAAAAUGAAGGAAAUAGAUUGAUUGCAAAUAGAUUAGAUACCUUUUCGAUUUUAAAGGGAUUUUUUUAAAAUAAUUCAAAUUUCUUAAAUUGUAUAAUGUGAUGUUACCAAGCACAGUAUUGCGCAACUUCUUUCUGAUGCCAACAAUUUUAUACUCAUUACAAAACACAUUUAGAGAAUAACAAUUCUAUCACCUUUUUGGAGAUUAUAGGUAGUCUUGAAUAAAAGGACUGACCCAAAGAAUUCCGUAAUUAAACACAUAGCAGGUGUUCAUUUGAAAAGUCUCACCCUUUCCGAAGUUAGAAGGCUUUUGCACAUUUUCAAGUACAUUUCUGAGGGGGUAUAAUUUUCUAUGUAAAAAAUUAACACUUGUAGAAUUUAUUCGAUUUUCCAAGAAAUAGGGGUCGCAACUUUUCAAAUCAACACCUGGUACUUAUAAUAAUUUUUGAAAGAAUACAAGAUGAUGGUACCUACGCUGCUGUUUUGUUAAAAAGUAUCAUUUUCAUGGAAAACAAAAAUAACACAGGGUUCUAAUUUUUGAAUGUUUUAUACUGUGGAAGAGGUUUUAGAGAAUAAUAUUCUAUACUUAAAGACGAAACUGUUUGUUCAAAUAUUUAGCAGGGCUAGAGAGUCUAGAAUUUUCUCUGUAGACUAGGAAUCAAUAUUUUAUUGUCGCAAGGCGACAGAAAUCCUAUAUAUAGAUAAUCAACAAGGAAUCCUUGUGCCAUUUAGUUUUAACUGAAUAAGCCAAAACUUUAAAUUGCGCACGGUUUGAGAGUGUAUAAGGCUGUGAUGUAAAAUUAGUUUUUAAGGUUUGUAUUUCUCUAGUUUGCUAAAUAGGUUAUGUUAUGUAGAUAAGUAUAUUAAGCUUUAACUGUGUAUUUGAUAGAACUUAGUCAUGUUAUAGUUCAAGGGCAGCUAAAGAUGGGAAAACAAAAAUCAGUGUUGAAAAAGAGAAUAAGUUCGCAUAAAAAUAUCCAUGAAGAAUUUCUGUAGAAUAUCUUAAUUUUGAAACAGGAAUUUCUAAAUGGAUAUUUAAUUUUAGGCUCAAAUACACAUUUGAAUAGGUAUCAUUUUAAAUAUUAAGUUGUAUAUAAGUACCUAAGUUAGAAUAAGAUUUUAAGAACUAUUAACCAUUGCAUAAUAUUAAGCGUAGAAGUGAGACUUUGGGCUUGGAUGACUGGAAUACUGUCAUUUGAAUUUUGUGGCUGCUAACCCAUAUCAAAAAAUAUGUAAUAUUAGAAAAAACCUCAUUAGUGUAUUUAAAUCAAAGAAUCUUCUUUGCGUCAUCUUAUUAAGCCACUUAACAGGUCCGAAGUCAUUGCUGCCAUGUAUUGCCAUGUUGUUUUUGUUUGAUCUUUUUGAUUUAAGCUAUCAGUUUUUUUUUUGUGAAUACAUACCUGCAUAAAAUAAAGGUAAAGUGAAGUGUAUUUUAUUAUGUAGCUAAAACACUAUUUAAAACGUAUAAUUGACGUAAUGCUCUAUAAAAUUAUAAUUUAUAUUUUUAGCACAAGAUAUUGUUUUAUUUAUACCUACAAACUGUCCAUGAGAAGAGCCUGUAUAAGGUUUCAAGUUUGAUGAUGACAUACAAAAAAAAAUCAUUUGAAAAUUAUUACACUAUCUAACAAAUUGUCAUUAAAUUUGACAAAAUAUGUUACUCAAUAAAGUAUAAGUUACUAAAAAUGUCAAAUCGGCACAACAUUUAUUACUCACAUGAAAAUAUAAACGAUAAUAACAGCCUAAUUUGUGUGAAGGAAAUAUUCAAAAUCCAAAAACAUUCAGCAAAAUUAGGCCUUUCCAUUUAAAAAACCAAAGUUGAUUCCGGCACGGUACAUCAGCUAUUCCAGGAACACAAUAUUUGUGCAUAAAAGAAUUCCACUUGGUUAAAAUAAUUAUUUCAUUCCAGACUUUAUGGACGGUCGUUGUAAUAAAGCGAAACUAUAGGCUAAAAUUCGAAUUCGUGGGGAUUUUAUGACACUGUGACUGAUUAUUUUCUGGCAUUUUACUAUUUGCUAACAGCGGUAAGUAUCGAGAAAGAUUUAAAAAAUACUAUUUACUGUAACAAAGUAAUUACAAUUAUUAUUAAAGGUAACAAACAAAACAGUAAGCUGCAUCGUAUUGUCGCGCUUUGUCGAUUGUCGACUUUUUACAAAACGCCUAAUAAUUUUGCAUUCUGACUAUGAUAUAUGUAUCUAUACAGGGUAUUUGGUAUGGAAAGUUUUCAAUGAGUGAUAGUUUGGGUCAUUUGGAAGCUGUUUGUUCAUAUGUACCCUCAUGCAAAGUGUCGCCGUUUUUUGAGAUAUCGCCAUUUUUAGAUAUUUUGUAUGUAUUUAACACAUAACUUUUUUUUCUUCCCGUAUUGUUUCAAAAAAGUGCAUAUUAGGAAUAUCGGAAAAAAAAUUAAGGGAGGUUAAAGUGUUUCUACCAAAAAAAAUUAAUAUGCUUUAGGAACAAUUUAUAUAUAUCCCAAAAAUAUCUAAAAAUGCUGAUAUGUCAAAAACGACAAAACUUUGCACAAGUGUAAAUACAUAAUAUGAUAAAACAGCUUCCAAAUGACCCCAACUAUCACUCAUUGAAAACUGCUAUUUACUACUGUUAGGUUCAAAGAGAGAGACCGUAAAAGGACCCCGCACACCUUACAUGGGAUUUUGGCGAUCGGUCGAUUUUUUUCAAAUUUUGAUAUGUUGUAGAAAAUUUAAUUCUUAACAACCUUUAAAUGAGACGAAAUUUUGUAGGUAUUACGGCCUUUAAGAUAUGAGCGUUGAAAGAUUAACUUUUUUGCGACUUUUUGUGUGGAGAGUAUACGAAAUACUGGUGCCACUGGUGUUUAUCAGUCAAAAUAUUGACAGGUUCACAUAUUUCACGUCACUAACAAAUUUUUCAACAUAGGCUAAGGCCGGGACCACACUGGGACAAAUGUUGACGCCAGUGCGGUCCCAGAAUCAGUUCUGAAUUGAACUGCGCAUGCGCAUUUGUUUAUUUAUGUUCGAUAUCAACAAAAGCGCAAGCGCAGUUCAAUUCAGAACUAAGUCCGAACAAACCUAUUACGUUUCACUAUAGAUCGGCCCUUGGUGGCGAUUUAUUGAUUCCAACGCAGUGCGAGAAGGAUAGAGCUAAUUCUGGCAAAACACAACGGGAUUUGACGGAUUUUAGGUGCUUGUUGUUUUUAUCAAGGAAGUUGUCAACGUUUGUGUCAACGUUAAUUUAUUCCGAUCGGUUUAAUUUCGUUUUUUUUUUUUCAAAUAUCAUUCCCGGAUCUGACUAUUUUGUUAUAUUAGAUAAAAAUAUGAGUGUUUACUAAUGACAUUAUAUUACGUUUCACUAUGGACCGGCCCUUGGGGGCGAUUUAUUGAUUCCAACGCAGUGCGAGAAGGAUAGAGCUAAUUGUGGCAAAGCACAACGGGAUUUGACGUGCUUGUUGUUUUUGUCAAGAAAGUUGUCAAUGUUUGUGUCAACGUUAAUUUAUUCCGGUCGGUUUCAUUGUGUUUUUUUUUAAAUAUCACUUCCGUAUCUGACUAUUUUGUUAUAUUUGAGUGAAAGGCCAAUGAAAAUAUCAAUUUGAUUCCUCCCUGUGCUGCAUUUAAUUGCAAAAUAAGAUGGCAGAAUGACAACCUAUUACGGCGCUUAGAUGAGAAUAUGAGUGUUUGCCUCAAAUAGCUCCAUCUCUGUCGGACCGCUCUUUCUAAUGUUGGCUGCAAACAAACACUGUUCGAGAAUAUGGCCAGGGCCGGUCCAUUAGUGAAAUGUCAUUGGAACUGCCAAUAUUUGGACUGAUAAGCACCAGUACUUUGUAUACUCUCCACACAAAAAGUCGCAAAAAAGUUCAUCUUUCAACGCUCAUAUCUCAAAGACCGUAAUACCUACAAGAUUUCGUCCCAUUUAAAGGUUGUUAAGAAUUAAAUCCUCUACAACAUAUCAAAAUUUGAAAAAAAUCGACCGAUCGCUGAAAUCCCAUGUAAAGUGUGCGGGGUCCUUUGUGCGUAAAAACCAAAAUUUGUUCACUGAGUGGUUUCAAAACCGUUCAUGGGACGGUUUUUGACGUGUUGGAACAGACCAAUUUUGUCCAAUCAGUUCUUUUUUGUUUUACCCAAUUAUUUUAUAAUUUCAAAUAAAACUUGUAAGAAUCAUGUUGUAGGUACUGUGUUAUAUGUUAUAUGUAUACCUUCCUAUUUACACACACAGGGUGUCCCAAAAAGAUACCGACAAACUUUAAAGAAUAGUAAGGGACAUCAAAACAAGCAUUUUUGUUUAUAUAAACAUAUGUCCGCAAAUGAGCCAUUUGGGCUGUAGAGUAAAAAAACUGUUUGGUACUUUUAUUCUUCGCAAUAAUUAAAUCACUGUUUAUUUAUUAUUUUUUCUUUAAUUACAAAUAAAUUAUGGUUUACAAUAAUUGCUCAAAAUGUUGACCAUUUACUUCACUGUAAAGAUUGCACCGUCGGGUCAUUAAUAGACAACUAAGUUAAUUAAGGAAACCAAUCACAAAUAAUAAAUUUCACGACGAUCCCAAGGUUCAAAAUGUUUUUGAUAAAGAAAUGUUUUUUCAUUUUAAAAAUAAACAAAAGUGCGACCACAAAUGUUUAGCAAAUCAUGCUGGUGGCCAACUAAAUAAAAAACCGAGUGAAAAAUGUCUAAUUAUUUGGGUAUGAUUCAAAUAGUUUUUUUGCUCUACAGCCCAAACGGCUCAUUUGCGGAUACAUGUUUACAUAAACAAAAAUGCUUGUUUUGAUGUCCCUUAAUACCCCUUAAAGUUUGUCGGUAUCUUUUUGGGACACCCUGUAUAUGUGACUUUCAACUGGGAUUUUUAUUGAAUAUACAGGUUGUUUGUCAAGUUAGGGUUUUCCUUCUAAUAUUUUCUUGAAAAUUCAAAAAUAAAGGAGAUAUGGUCAUUUUAAAUAAUAUUGAAAACCGAAUAAGUCCAUGUGCAAAAACUUUAUUUAAUACAAAAAAAAAGUAAAAUUCUAACAAAAUGUGUAGGAAAUCUGAAAGAUAAUGGAAAUGCAAAAACCUUAUUCUAGUCUAAAAUUUCAAUUUGUGAUUCCAGGCCCGCCUAAAAAAUUUGUUCAAAAUGGUCACCAUUGGAUUCGUUUUACCUUUUUUUCUAUUAAAUAAAGUUUUUGCACAGGAAGUUAUUUGAUUUUCCUAAAUAAGUUGUUUGAAUUUCCGUUUUCUUUCAGAUUUUGUAGAAUCUUUGUUACAAUUCUACCUUUUUUUUUGUAUUAAAUAAAGUUUGUGCACAUGGAAUUAUUCAAUUUUGGAUGUUAUUUAUAAAAUGACCAUACCUCCUUUAUUUCUGUGUUUUCAAGAAAAUGUUAUUUGAAAAAUUCGUUUAUUUUUUUAAGUUCUAUGUCAUCUUAGAAGGAAAACCCCAACUUAAAAAAAACCCUGUAUUAAUGAAACUAAAUACAAAAGCGUUGCUAGAAUGAAAACAAAGCACUGGUUUUAAUCAGAAACAUUUAUAGUAUAAAUAACAUAACAUAACCACAGCUUACAUAACAUAACAUUUUUACUAUAACAACGUAAAAAUGUCUGGAGAAUUUGGUUGAAAUCUAAUAUUUUAACAAAAGCAUUAGUAGUACGUAGUAGCUAUUUAAUAUUUUGAAGAAUCUUUUUGGUUGCACCAGUUACCCAUAUCGAUAGAGAAUAAGCUAAUUGGUUAACUAGAAAAAAAAAAUGCCAUGUUCCGCAGAAAAUCAUUAUUAUCCAAAAUGAACAACACUUAGCUUUCCACCAAAAAUAAUUUUUUUGGCAGAAGUGAAAAUUUCCACCUAUCAAUUUUUUGACCUUGCCAUGGCAAAUUUACUAUGUAAUUAAUGAAUUACAUUUUACAUCAGUAAGUACAUCAAUUACAUUCAUAAGACUUUACAUUAACAACCUACAUCAUUCUUUCAAUGUAUCUGGGAAAAAGAGUUAAUGGUGGGAUUAUUUAGCUUUUCCUUGGGCAGCAACAGCUUCCAUAGCUUUCUUGACCGUUUCUGGAUCACCCAAAAAUUCCAAACUCUUAAUUGGCUUAAGGUUUUCAUCCAAAGUGUAUACAAACGGAAUUCCAGUGGGUAGAUUCAAUAACAUAAUUUGGUCAUCCGUCAUUU